CUUUUUCCAGGUAAUCUCUGUUCCUAAACAGGGAGGUAGCCAGGUAAAUAGGCAGAUCUCAAAAUUCAAUAGAACGAAAAACAAUCCAACAGUGCGGUCUUCGGUCUGUGUGAUUAGUUAGCCACCAUGUGUCAGCCGCUGGGCCAGAUGCAAUGCGAGAUCAAGAACAUGGCGCUCUCGGGCGACCCGGAGCUGGACAAUCAAAUACGCAGGUGGAUACGCUGGGACAAGUGUCCUAGCACCGCCUGCCAAAUCAUGGAUGCAGUUCGUGCCAGCGACUGGGAUACGCUGCGCAAGAGACUGUGCAACCGCAUAACGUUUGGCACGGCGGGAUUACGGGCCUGUAUGCGAGCUGGCUUUGAUUCAAUGAACGAGCUGGUGGUAGUUCAAACGGCCCAGGGUCUGUGUAAAUAUUUAAAGGAGCAGUACCCGAAUCCGGAGGAUUGGACCAAUCGUGGCAUUGUCUUCGGGUACGAUGGACGCUACAACAGCCACCGGUUUGCUGAAUUAUCCGCCAUCGUAUUCCUGAGCAACGAAUUCAAGGUGUGGCUCUUUAAGCGCGUUGUGGCCACACCCAUGGUUCCGUACGCCAUAUUGCGAUUGCAGUGCUUGGCUGGCGUAAUGGUGACUGCCUCUCACAACCCCAAGGAGGACAACGGCUACAAGGUUUACUGGUCCAAUGGAGCACAGAUAAUACCACCUCAUGAUGCAGGAAUUCAGGAUGCCAUUAUGGAGAAUCUAGAACCCAUGAGCGGGGCGUGGGAUGACUCUGCGAUGUGCUCCAACACUCAAUUGAAUGACCCCUAUGACAUUGUGGUGCCGCCCUACUUCGACCAUCUCAAGAAGAAGUUCCCGUGCAACCUGCUGGAGAUUAAUGGGCGGUGUCCCAUCACAUUUACCUAUACGGCAAUGCAUGGAGUGGGCUAUGAUUUUGUGAAGACGGCGUUCAAGCGGACCAACUUCCCGCCGUUCAUCUCGGUUUGCGAGCAACAGGAACCGGACCCAGAGUUCCCCACCACGCCCAUGCCCAAUCCCGAGGAGGGCAAGACUUCGCUGGACUUGGCGAUAAAGACCGCAAAGCAGAGCAACAGCGAAGUUAUUCUGGCCAACGAUCCGGAUGCAGACCGCUUGGCGGUGGCUGUACGGCGCGAGGACGGUAGCUACAGGUUGUUUAGCGGCAAUGAGGUGGGCGCCUUGCUCGGCUGGUGGAGUCUGGAGUUCUACAAAAUGACCGUCCCCGAUUGCGAUGUUUCCAACUGUGUGAUGAUAUCCAGCACGGUCAGCUCGAAGAUCCUCAAAGCCAUGGCCGAGCGCGAAGGCUUCACCUUCUUCGACACCCUGACCGGCUUCAAGUGGAUGGGCAACAAGGCCAUCGAGCAGGAGCAGGCUGGCAAGACUGUAUUGUUCGCCUUCGAGGAGGCCAUCGGGUUUAUGGUUGGCACUGCCGUCCUGGACAAGGACGGCGUCAGCGCUGCCACCCAUGUCGCCACCAUGGCUUGCUACUUGCGCUGCACCCAGUGCAUGACGUUGGAGGAGAAGCUGCGGGACAUAUACGAGACAUACGGCUACCACACAUCCAUCUGUUCGUAUGUCAUCUGCCGGUGUCCGCCGCUCAUUGAGAAGAUUUUCGAGCGGCUUCGGAACUGGGACGAUGGCCAGGCGGACACCUAUCCGACGAGCAUCAUGAACGGCGAGUACGAGAUCGAGAGCAUCCGCGAUCUCCACACCGGCUACGACAGCAGCACACCCGACAAGAAGGCCACUCUGCCGACCAGCAGCAGCUCACAGAUGAUCACGUUCACGUUCAAAAACGGAGCUGUGAUCACCCUGCGGACCAGCGGCACCGAACCGAAGAUGAAGUACUACGCCGAGAUGUGCGGCAAACCGGAGGAGAAGAAUUGGAACAAGCUGAGCAGCACACUGAAGAUCAUGGUCGAGGCCACUGUCGAGGAGUUCUACGAGCCAACCAAGAACGGUCUGCAGCGAAAGAAGGAUUAGGCCGACGGCUGCCCAGCUAGCGGAAGCUCUGACGAUCUUUUAGCGAUUAGACCUGGCUAAAAUGAUAUUAUUUGGAUACGGAUAGCACUCAUGCACAAGCCAAAAAGCAACAGCGGGCCAUGCUGUUAACUAGUAGCUACUUAUUGAUAACCAACUGUUACGUUUUCUAUUUACACUAGGGGCAUAUUUAUAAAAGUAUGUAAAUAAACGCAACACCGACACCAGGCACUAGAAACCACA